AUGGCGCGACGGUACGAGAUCGAUGAGCUCUUAUGGCUCCGCGGCUCGCCCCUUAUCGCAAAGCCAUCUGGUCUACCUCCGAUUGAAGAAUGGAUGCCCCUACCUGACCCAACAACUACGCAACGCAAACAAACCCCCCGUGAUCCCAACAACCCGACCGAGCCUGGCUCAGCAAGGAGAUCCAGUAUACUGGAAGCAAAGCACAUCAGCCGAGGAUCCAACUCUGAAGAUAUUGUGCUCGGACCGCCUAAGGUGGCAUUUGCCUCGUCUCGCAUCGGCGGUAAAGGCUCUCUCGAUUUGACCGACCGGCCAGUGCGAACUACCGACUCGGAGGACCCUAAGAAUGACCGAUUCCAUUUCCGAGAUAGGUUCUUCAAGGACCGUGAUGGGAUAGACAAAGAUACGGAGCGCCGCGAUGGUAAAUCAGCGCCACUCAAUGGUCGGCGUGUUGAGAAAGAAGACUGGAAUGCCGGGCGCCCGCGUCGCACAUUUGGACCCGAGGACCAGGAACGCAAGCCUAGACGCAAUGGGGAAUUCGAUCGAUGGGAUAGCAAAGAAGGGCCCCGCGACCCGACCGCCGAACGAGGAGCUCUACCCAAAGACGGCCGAUUCCCCACCCGGAAGGAGGGACAACCCCCAAGAUCGAAGUACGAAGGAAGCUGGUUCCGCGACGAGCAUAAUCAGGACGGCAUCGAAGCUGACGAUGAUAAACCGCCUCUCCGCAACCGUGAAUGGCGCCAGAACCAAACCCGACACGGCACUGAGCGUGAGUGGAACAGGGGUGCCAAAUUUGAGCAAGAGCCUGAAUGGCUGGAUGGCAAUGAACGUGACGAGCCACGACGUGCACACACACAGGAAGACUUUGAACGUUGGAAAGAGCGCAUGAAGGCUGGAUCUGGAGCCGCACAGCCUUCGGCAGGCGUGGAAGAGAAGACAGAAACACCCGCUGAAGCACCUAAGCCUGAGAGUCGACGGACCGAUGGUGAAAUCUUCAGCAAUUCCGGAGCCCAGUUUAUGGCAGACAACUCCAUGGAAAGAUUCUUCGGUUUACUGGGUGACUCAAAACCUCAACCACAGAUGCCCGAGGCUAGCACUUCUAAUCCCGUCGAUUAUAUUCCGAAGCAAGAUCCUUUCCCCUUGCCCGGGAAGCCAGGAAAGUCCUCUCGCUUUGCAGGCUUGUUCAGCCCUAUGCCAGAGAGCCCUGCUCGAGAGCCAGAGCCUCUUCCUUAUUUCAAUGCUCAGCCCCCGCCUCAAUUGCAUCCCCAGCACCAACAGCCCCAAGCCCAACAAUCCCAACCCCCAGCCCCGCCAUUACCAGAGGGUCUUUCUUUCCCCACUCACAGCGCCGACCAAGAAGGCUUCCAGCGCAUUCUGCAGAUGCUUGGUGGGCAAAGGUCCCAGAAUGGCACCCCAAACGAGGGAGGUUUACCCCCAAAGCAACAUCUGCCUAUGAUGCAUGCAGAGCAGCAGGGUGCUGGUUUAUCGUCUCCCCCAAGAGAGUCUCCUCACCGGCCUAAUUACAUGGGUCUAGGCCCUGAGAGCCCCAUGACACAACACGCCGGCAAGGAUCAGUCAUUAGAAAGAGCACACCUCCUUCGUUUGAUGCAGCAGGUCCGGGUUGGCCCAUCGCCUGCCGGUAACCCGCAAUCUCCUGGCGGUGGCAUUGCCCCUCCUCCUGGGUUAAUGCCAGAAGGCAUGCCCCGCCCACCUCCAGGGCUGUCGGGCCAGAAAGCGCCGCCUUUCCUUGACGACCCAGCAAUCGCAAACAUGCAGCGACCAGAUAAUCAUCAACUCCGUCGCGGACCUGGAAACGGCCCACCUAUGGGAUACUUUGAUGAAGCUCCUUUCCCUCCAGGCAAUCAAGGCCCUAUGACCCCAGGUGGUCCCAUGACGCCCGGAGGCUCUCGACCGCAGGGCCCGAACCAACCUCCUAUGCCUCUCCAACGACCCCCAGGUCUCGAGCAUCUUCCUCCCCCUGGAUGGACCGGCCAGCCGGUUGCCCAGCAGGGUAACGCACAGAGCCCAAUGGGCCCCCCUCCAGGUAUUCCUACUCCCGGCCGUGGCAUGAACCCCAACUUCCCACCCGGCAUGCUCCCCAUGCCAGGCAAUCCGCCUCCCAUAAACGAGCGCCAAGCAUUCCCUCGCGGUCCACCCCCUGGUAUGAUGCCUCCCCCAGGCUACAUGAAUGGCCCCCCACCAGGGUUCCCACCUAUGCCUCCCAACCCCGAGGCUAUGAUGGGUCUCGGCCCCGGUGCCCAGGGUCCCGGACCCUUUGGGCCAGGUAACCCCGGCCCAGGUGGCCCACCUCCCUCAUCCAGACACCUACUUGAGAUGUUCGGUCAAUCCAACGGCGAUCCCCGUGGGGGGAUGGUUGGCCCCGGCCCAUUCAGAUAA